AUGUCGACGGUCAUGGGUCAAGUCGACAAAGAACCGCUUCGGUUGAUGAUAAUAAUUGCGAAUCCAUCGCACUCGAAAAGCUAUGAUUAUUCUGCGAAAAUUGAGAAAUAUGUCAACUAUGCUGGAACGAAAUUCGCCGAGCUGUUUCUUUCCCUCAGGGACGAUUUUGAAUUCCGUGGUUUUGGAGUAAAAGUUCAUUGUUGUACCUUACGUGACAAACCAGACAUAUUCUUGAACUUCAUUAUUGGAAAUUUCACCCACUUCACAUCAUGCAACCGAGAAUUUAUGAACUAUUUCUUUAUUCCGCCGAGAUUUAUGAAACAUCUUCCGGCUAGUCUAGAAAAUGAGAAUGAGUGGACUUACAAGCAUCGAGAGCACUUGAGUGAGCUCAUGUCUCACAUUAUUCACGAGAUUUGUCAUUCGCUCGGCGCCUUCCAUUCUGCCAAUGGCAUCAUGAAGCGACACUAUGUGCUUCUCCCAGAGGAAGAUUCCCGGUUGAAGAAAAUUGAUUUUUUGAAAAUCAUUGAUAAGAAAACGCAAGCAAUUAUUUGCGAGAGUAUGUCAAUUAUUUCCACUUUAAAGCCACAAAGAAAUCUGAGAUAUGUUGAUGGAGUGAUAAGCUUCUUCACCGACCAAAGCGUUGCCGCUGUCUUCUUUCUGAAAGAAAGCAAGUACAUGGAUGAGCACUACCAGGAAUUCACUUAUUUGGAUGCGAUCAAAUCUAAGAAAUACACAGCUCCAAAUGGCUGGGAUGGGUUUGUCGUUGUUCAUUUUUGCGGUCACAUCAGCUACUACUCCAAGACCGAUGUGAUGACCACUGGUCAAUGCACCAAAAUCAUUCAGUUUUGA